AGUCGCCAGUCGUAAACCCUCCAACCUUAAACUGAAACAAUUUUUAUACCGGUCCACGUUAAUGUUUCAAGUAUGGACAUUCCAAGAUGUUGAUAUUGCUCGUAUAAAAAAAUGGGUAAGGGGGCCUGAUCUUGCCAGUCGCCACUUGAAGCUGGUUGAAUCCAGAUCCAGCGGAGAGAUGAGUGCACCUACGGAUUACCUGUUUAGCACGCUGGCAUAUGGGUCAGCGUCAGCUCUUUCGGUCAUUGGAAUAUAUUUUAUCCGACAAUACAUGCAGGGGGGUCAGUUCACCACGAAGACGGAUGAGACCGGCAGAGUGGCGAUUGUGACCGGCUGUAACCAGGGGAUUGGGAAGGAGACCGUACUGGAGCUGGCUCGCAGGGGAGCUACUGUAUACAUGGCAUGUCGGGACUUGAAAAAGUGCGAGGAUGCUCGUCGAGAAAUCAUCGAAGCGACCAACAAUGAAAACAUCCAUGCACGCGAAUUGGACCUGGGCUCCAUGAAGUCUAUUCGGAACUUUGCAGCUGGCUUUAAGAAAGAGCAAAACAAGCUCCAUAUUCUUAUCAACAACGCCGGCAUUAUGGACUGCCCCAAAAUGCUGACGGAGGACGGCUUUGAAAUGCAAAUCGGAGUUAAUCACAUGGGCCACUUCCUGCUCACGCUUCUUCUCCUCGACCUCCUGAAGAGUUCUGCUCCCAGUCGCGUUGUGGUCCUAUCCAGCAUAGCCCACCGGUUCGGAAGAAUCAAGCGUGAUGAUCUGAAUAGCGAAAAGUCAUACGACAGAAAGAUGGCCUACUGUCAGAGCAAACUGGCCAACAUCCUCUUCACAAGGGAGUUGGCCAAACGCCUGCGGGGAACUGGGGUCACGGUUAAUGCCCUACAUCCCGGAGUAGUGAACACGGAGCUGUUCCGCAACACACCGUUUUUGGGAUCGAGGUUUGGAAAGUUACUCCUAGCCCCUUUUAUAUGGAUUUUUAUAAAGACGGUUAGGAAUGGCGCACAGACGACCCUGUAUGCUGCUCUGGAUCCCAGUUUGGAAAACGUGUCCGGAAGAUACUUCAGCGACUGCAAGCCGAAGCACGUGGGCUCGGCCCCCCAAUAUGAUGAAGAUGCUGAGUUUCUAUGGGCAGAGAGUGAAAAGUGGACAGGAGUAAAUAUUUGAACUCUUAACCUGCAUCGCAUAAUGUACAUUUAUGGAGUAAUCUAAAUGAGUUCAGCUUUUGUACAAACAUUAAACAUUUUGAAAACAUUUGGCUCGGAGUCUUUUGAAACCAUUUUUCUGAUAAGUCUUAAAUAGACUAUGUACAACUUUAAAGACCUCUCACUGCCUAGGCGUCACUAGAAUUAGCAUUGUUUGACAUAUGUAAUGUAAUACACGUAUGUAAUUUAUGGAGCAGGUGAAAAAUUAAACGGAAAUACAUUUGGUUUA